AUGCCUCACAAAAUACGCCCAAAGAAUAUCGGAGAUCCUGAAUUCACAUUAUCUAUCUAUCUAUCUAUCUAUCUAUCUAUCUAUCUAUCUAUCUGUCCUUUCAUAUAUAUCUCAGUCUAUUCAUAUAUCUCUCGCAGUCUGUUCCUAUCUAUCUAUCUAUCUAUCUAUCUAUCUAUCUAUCUAUCUAUCGCGGUCUGUCUCUUCAUUUCUGUUCUUUCAUAUCUAUCUCUCAAUCUUAGUCUAUUCCUAUCUAUCUAUCUAUAUAUCUAUCUAUCUAUCUAUUUCAGUCUAUUCAUAUAUAUCUCUCAGUCUGUUCCUAUCUAUCUAUCUAUCUAUCUAUCUAUCUAUCUAUCUAUCUAUCUGUCUGUCUGUCUGUCUGUCCUUUCAUAUAUAUCUCAGUCUAUUCAUAUAUCUCUCGCAAUCUGUUCCUAUCUAUCUAUCUAUCUAUCUAUCUAUCUAUCUAUCUAUCUAUCUGUCUGUCCUUUCAUAUAUAUCUCCGUCUAUUCAUAUAUCUCUCGCAGUCUGUUCCUAUCUAUCUAUCUAUCUAUCUAUCUAUCUAUCUAUCUAUCUCAGUCUAAGACAGAAUGGGGAACGUUAAAAUCAAGCAGACAGAAAUUUAAAUAUACUCUGUUCCUAUCUAUCUAUCUAUCUAUCUAUCUAUCUAUUCUGUUCAUAUCUAUCUAUCUAUCUAUCUAUCUAUCUAUCUAUCUAUCUAUCUAUCUCUCUGUUUCAGUUUGUUCUUUAUCUAUCUAUCUAUCAAUCUAUCUAUCUAUCUCAGUCUGUUCAUAUCUAUCUAUCUAUCUAUCUAUCUAUCUAUCUAUCUAUCUAUCUAUCUAUCUAUCUAUCUGUUUCAGUUUGUUCUUUAUCUAUCUAUCUAUCUAUCUAUCUAUCUAUUUAUCUAUCUAUCUAUCUAUCUAUCUCAGUCUGUUCAUAUCUAUCUAUCUAUCUAUCUAUCUAUCUAUCUAUCUGUUUCUGUUUGUUCUUUAUCUAUCUAUCAGUCUGUUCAUAUCUAUCUAUCUAUCUAUCUUAGUCUUUUCAUAUCUAUCAAUCUAUCUAUCUGUUUCAGUUUGUUCUUUAUCUAUCUAUCUAUCUAUCUAUCUAUCUAUCUAUCUAUCUAUCUAUCUAUCUAUCCCAGUUUGUUCAUAUUCUAUCUAUCUAUCUAUCUAUCUAUCUAUCUAUCUAUCUAUCUAUCUGUUUCUGUUAAUUUUCUAUCUAUCUAUCUAUCUAUCUAUCUAUCUAUCUAUCUAUCUUAUUUCUCGCAUCACUCUCUCUAUUCGAUCCUAUUCCCAUCUAUCUUCCUAUACAAUCGCGUUCAUAUCUAUCUAUCUAUCUAUCUAUCUAUCUAUCUAUCUAUCUCUAUUUGUUGUAGCAGACUUACUAUCCCAGUCUGUUAAUUUCUAUCUAUCUAUCUAUCUAUCUAUCUAUCUAUCUAUCUAUCUAUCUCAGUCUGUUCAUAUCUAUCUAAUACCAGUAUUAUUUUUAUCCCCGUGA